GAAGUGCGCCUCUACAAGGCUGGCCUUGUUGCUGAAGCGUAAACACACGGAAACAACAAAAGGAGAAUUUCGACGUUUUGGAAUGACGAAGCUGAAAAGUUCUGGGUUCUGCUUUUUUCCCUCCUGGAGUUAAAAAAGUAGGUUUUCACCCCGAGGUUGGAGUUUGUAUAAUAAGAAGACGAUAAGGAGGAGAAAAGGAGAGUUUAUUCAGGAAGAUCUUCGGACUGAACAGGAUGGUGUGUGUGUGGUGUGUAGAGGGAGGUUUAAGGACGUUGACCUUUGUCCUCUGCUCCAUGCUGACCUUCUCCCCUGGACAUGCGUACAUCUACGUUCAUCUGAAUAAUAUGAGCUCGAUGUUGUUGGAGGACUGGCCUGCGCUCUUCGGGUCUCCUCUUCCCCGAGACGGACUGAUGGGUUUUCUGGUUGAGUCUCGUCCUCUGAAUGCCUGCGCUCCAAUAGAACCUCCUCCUGCCGCUCCCACGUCUUCUGAUCCAAACAGCACCGCGGGGUUCGUGGUUCUGAUCCGACGCUACGACUGUAACUUCGAUAUAAAGGUGCUUCACGCUCAGCAGGCCGGGUACAGCGCCGCUAUCGUCCACAACGUCUACUCAGACGUCCUGCUCAGCAUGAACUACAGCAACGAAACGAUAGCUGAAGAGAUCGAAAUCCCAUCCGUCUUCACCAGCUACUCCGCCUCCAAGAUCCUCCGUGGUUUCAUUAAAACAGACCAGGGAGCCUACGUGAUCCUGAAGCCUGAUUUCUCCUUCCCCAUCACCUUCUACCUCAUUCCCUUCACCGGCAUCGUGGGGCUCAUCAUCAUCGUCAUGGUGGUUAUACUGGUGGUGCGCUGUGUGCAGUACAGGAAGAGCCUGAGGAAGAACAGACUGACGAAAGAGCAGCUGAAGAAAAUCCCCAUUCACAAGUUCACUAAAGGUGAUGCAUAUGACGUGUGUGCGAUCUGCCUGGAUGAGUACGAAGAGGGAGAUAAGCUGCGGGUGCUGCCAUGUUCACACGCUUAUCACAGCCGGUGUGUGGACCCCUGGCUCACUCAGACCAAGAAGACGUGUCCCGUGUGCAAGCAGCGAGUCACGCGUACCAAUCCCGAGUAUUCCGACUCGUCCGACUCCGAGGAAGAGGCGGGGCCUCCCACAGUUAACGAGGAAGAGGGCGGGGUUUUCAGCGAAGAACAUUCCGAGCGCACGCCUUUGCUCCACCCGUCCCCUCUAUCCUACGAGGCUACGGUCGCCACGGUGACCAUCGCGGCGCAGUGUCUGCCUCAGCGCGACUCGCCCCUGCUAGAAUACGACGGUUACUACUCGCCCAUGGAGGGCUCCGAGGAGGACACGGAGGAAACGGAGGACGACGCCGGCGAAGACGUUGACGAUGACACGGCGCAGCUGAUCGGACGCGGAGCCGUCAGGGUGUGAGAGCAAAGCAUCAUGGGAAGGAGAAUGAAAAACACAAGGCUUUUCAGGCUUUUAUUUCUUUUGUUUUGUUUUUCUUGUAAAACCUAAUUUGUUCCGGAGCUAAUCGCUAGAAGUUGCAGCAAGCUGACGAUUUUAGAAUUAGGAAGUGAACCAGCGCCCCCUUGAGGUAACUCUCCUUCAGGACAGGCUGCUACAGCAGGAAAGAGGCGUCGUUUCCUUUCGAGUCUUCUGUACCGAGAGAGAGCAGGUUCCUUGUUUAAUAAGAACAGAGGCAGGAUUUUACGAAUGUAACAUGCGUACACGCUGAUUAUUGUGCAAUACGGCCCUGACGCCAGUUGUGUGUGUGUGUUUUUUUUUUUUUAAUAUAGUAGAUAGGAAAGUCCCCAGUAAUCGAUAUAAAACAAUAUUCCACUAUAUAUCACACAAAUCCCCACUGAAAUUUGCUGCCAGAUAAACAUCUGCAUUAAACCAGACUCAUGUUUGGGGGGGGUUGUUUUUUUUUUUUUUUUAACAAAUCUGGAUUAUCUGAGACUGAGUCCUGUAUCAGUGCUGCAGGAUCAUCAUAAUAACUAACAAAGUGAGAUAUAGUGCUUUUUUUUUCUUUCUCUUUCCUGUUCUUCAUUUUUAACACACAUUCAUUAUGAAAACACACGUGUCUAAUAACACUAUGCUUCAGUUCUAUAACUGACUGUAUAUUACGCUUCUCUUUGUCCUGCUUAAGACUUUACUGUUAAUGGCGUGUCUCAGUGAGUUUUUUUUUUUUUUUUUAUAUAUAUGCUGUGUUUUGUUUUGUUUAGUUUUUUUCGACAGUAAGCGACUUUUCCAAACCACUCAAAUGUCAGAACGUGAAAGUGCAGUUCAAUCCCCCAAAAAUUCCACCAUUCAGUAUUCCGUGUUCUCCAGCUUAUCCAGGGUGUCUUAUCAUUUUAUUGCGCUGGAUCUACGUAGCGAACAAGAGCGUUAUGCUAAAACGCACGCUAAUCGCACGAGUUUUUACCCACGUGUGCUCCAAUUUGAAAUCCUAAAGACUCGAAUGUAGCGUUGCGUUUUUUUUCUUCUUCUGUCGUCUCUUUUGUUGACAUUAAUAAGAAAGUAAACAAGUGACGAGCGUGAAUUUUAAUUUGCGAGCCGCAAUGAAUUAAAUGGAGCACUCGCUUACCGUAAUCCGACUCUCUUUAAGACCUGCUCGGAGUUUUGUGACCCCUUUUUUUUUUUUUUUAUUUAAAUUAGACCACAUCUGUUUAAUGUCUUGAAAAAAAAAAAAAGUGUGUGUGUGUGUGUGUGUGAGAAUUGAAUUGUAAACACGGUUUGAAUAACACUAAUCGAAUACUGUUAUGGCACACAACUGGGACCACUCACUUCAUGUUCUUCUUUUUUUGUUAUGGUGAGAUGUUUGAAAGGUGCAAGAGAGAGAGAGAGCGAGAGAGAGAGAGAGUGAGAGAGCAUACUUAAUGUACUACACUGUUUAGCUUCGGUGCCAUAAAGUGGAUUUUUAUCUA